AUGGCAUCUUUAGGAGUCAAUGAAAAUUACUAUGGAGAACCUGUAGGUGUCAAUAACAACUACUAUAACCAAGAUAAUGGACUGACCGAAGGAACUCCUCAAGUGAAUAAUGGAGAUUAUAAUUACAAUCAAGAAGAAAAUUACUAUAAUGGACAAAUUAUCAAUGUCAAUCAACCUCAUAAUUUAGAGGCUUCUAUACCCAUUAACCCCAUGAAUGGAGAAAUUAUCAAUGAUAUGAAUCAAAUGGGAGUGAUGAAUGAAUUUAAUAUGAGAAAUAAUUCAACUUCACCCCAACAACCAUCUCAUCAGACCACACCUAUUGAAAACAAUUCCAACCAUGAAUCACCCAUUAAGCAUGAAAACAAUCAUCCAUCUCACCAACUUCAACAACAUUCCAUCAACCAACAAGUAGCUGCCCCAACCAAUGAUGAAGAAACUAAUGAACAACCAUUUUAUGUUAAUGCCAAACAAUAUCACAGGAUCUUAAAAAGACGUAUAGCUAGAGCUAAAUUAGAAGAGACUUUGAAAAUAGCCAGAACAAGGAAACCUUAUUUACAUGAAUCCAGACAUAAGCAUGCUAUGAGAAGACCAAGAGGUCAAGGAGGAAGAUUCUUAACUGCAGCAGAAAUUGCAGAAAAGGAAAGAUUAGAUAAGUUGAAGGAAUUAGAAGAUAAACAAGGAGAAACGGAAAAUUAA